AUGCCUUCUCAAACUAUAUCAAAACUAUUUAGUAAGCACAUCAAAGGUUUUUCUCGUGUCAUCGAUAAGUCAAAAUUAUUAUUUACUGGUGAUGGUAAAUGCACAGCAAUUUUAAAAAUUAACGAAAAGCAUGUUAACUAUUUGGGUUAUUUACAUGGUGGUUUUUCCGCUACAUUAGUUGAUUGUUUCUCGUCUCUAGCCCUUUUGACUAAAUGUCCUGAUACUUUUGUGACAAUUGAUAUGCAUUUGAGUUAUUUUAAAGGGGCUAAGAUUGGGGAGGAAGUUGUAAUUAACGGUUUUGUGAUAAAAAUGGGAAAGAAAGUAGCUUUCCUUGAAACUACGAUUUGUAAUAAAACAACAAAUAACAUGCUUGUUAGAGGUACUCAAACGUCGUUAAUCAUUAAUUAAAAUAAUGGUAUUAAUUGCAAUUGCUUGUACGGUUUGAUUGCAAUAAAAACAACUAAUUUAAUUUUUUUCUAAACUAAACUCAAAUGAGGUCGUAAACUUGUAAUUAAGAUUAAAAAAUG